AUGGUCACAACACUCGCUUCAGCCGCUUCGGCGGCGCUGCUGCUGGCAGGAAGCCUCCCGGCCGUCAGCGCACAGUAUUAUAAAAUCGACUCGACUGAAAGCAUCAAGGCGUCGGCCAAAACGCUCGCGUACGACCUUAUGACACAGUACAAGGGCAACCAGUCGGGCGAGAUUCCCGGUAUCCUGCCCGGCCCGCCCACCGAGCACAAGGGCGACUAUUACUGGUGGGAGGGAGGCGCCAUGAUGGGCACUUACAUCGACUACUGGAAGCUUACGGGCGACUCGACCUACAACGACCUCAUCAUGGAGGGCAUGCUGCACCAGACCGGCCCGAAUGCCGACUACAUGCCCCCCAACCACACGGCCUCUCUCGGAAACGACGACCAGGGCUUCUGGGGCAUGUCCGCCAUGCUCGCCGCCGAGAACAAGUUCCCGAACCCGCCGGAAAACAAGCCCCAGUGGCUCGCCCUCGCCCAGGCCGUCUGGACCACCCAAGCGAGCCCCGAUCGCCACGACGAGACCUGUAACGGAGGCCUGAGAUGGCAGGUGCCGUUCUCCAACGCAGGAUACAACUACAAGAACACCAUCGCUAAUGGAUGCUUCUUCAACAUUGGCGCCCGCCUCGCCAGAUACACCAACAACGACACGUACGCCCAGCACGCCGAGAAGACCUGGGACUGGCUCUGGGGCGUCAACUACAUCGACCACGAGAACUGGAAUGUCUACGACGGCGGCCACGUCGAGCACAACUGCACCGACGUCAACAAGCAGCAGUUUUCCUACAACGCCGCCAUCCUGACCCAGGGCGCCGCCUUCAUGUACAAUUACACCAACGGCUCCGACGUCUGGAAGGGUCGCAUUGAGAAGCUCACCGAAUCCCUCUUCCUGAACUUCUUCCCCAACAACACGGGCUACGAGCUUGCCUGCGAAGGUCGCAAGGGCCAGUGCACCGCCGACAUGCUGUCCUUCAAGGGCUACGUCCACCGUUGGCUCUCUGUCGUCACCCAGAUCGCCCCCUUUAUGAAGGACAAAAUCUUGCCCGUGCUCCGCGAUUCGACCCAGUCCGCCAUCAACCAGUGCACGGGCGGCGCCACGGGUCGCGUCUGCGGCUUCUACUGGAACGACAGGGUGUUUGUGGACCCGGCCGUCGACAAGACCUCGGGCGCCGGCGAGCAGAUGAACGUGCUGGCCGCCGUCUCAAGCCUGCUGAUCGAGAGCGUCGAGCCGCCCGCGACCAACAAUACGGGUGGUAUCUCCAAGGGUGACCCGGACGCCGGAAGCAAGAGCAAAGACAACAUCGAGCCGGAGCCUAUCUCGACAGCCGACCGCGCCGGUGCGGGUAUUCUGACGGCUAUCGUGCUGGCCGGCGGUCUGGGAACGUGGGGCUGGAUGAGCUUCGGCGAUUAA